ACCUUCGGCGGUUCCCAUGGAAACAAAGACUCAAAAACAUUUGCCAAACGUCGUCAACACGCUUUAAAGGACUUUAAAGCUCUUUACUGACACGGUAGUUUAGCGCGGUGAAAAGAAAGGGCAGAAGAGUUGUGUUUAAAAUCGCCGUGUAUGUAGAUAUAAAGUUGAUUGUACAUAAAAACGUGUAAAAAUGAAUCGAGGCAAAAUAAUUAUCAGUAAGAAGUUAGGCUUGAACAAGCCGGACAACGCUGCAAAAACGUGUCUGAAUCAUAGCCUGAGCAGGAGUCAACAGUACAAGAUGGUGGCGCACCGACGCGCCCAAGAAGAGCACAAGCAGCUGGAGGCCUCGCGGGUGGACCGGGACAGGCAGAUGGUGGCCGCCAUGAAGGAGGAGGAGAACGUCGACAGUAAGAGGUUCCUACGACAGGUGCAGGAGGAGCAGAAAGAGAGGCAGAUAGAGAGCGUCAUGAUACAGGCCCAUACUGAGAGAAUAUUAAGAACAAAGCAACUUGAACAAGAGGAAAGACUCGCCAAAGAACUGGCCCGUAUCAACCAAGAACGGCAAAGAGAAGAAAAAAUGAGGCAGUACAUUAGAGAGAACAGCAUUGAGCUACGAGAAUUAGAGUCCAAGUUGAAACUGGCUUACGUGAACAAGGAGCGAGCUGCUCAGAUGGCAGAGCAGGAAGCUAUAAAGACUGAGAAUAUGCGCCAAAAUGCGGAACUUGACAGUAAAAUGCAGAGCGACCGUGAGCAGGCCGCCAUUGAAGUGCAGAUUAUGGAGCAAAAAAAACUAGAGGAGCAGCUUGAAUAUCAGCGAGAGCUGAGCCUACAGCUCGUGGAGCGAGAGCGUAAGAGACAAGUGGCGUAUGAGGACUUCUUAAAGGAGAAGCUCAUGGUGGAUGAGAUAGUCCGCAAGAUUUACCAAGAGGAUCAAAUGCAGCAACAGAUGAAACUGGAGAGGGUGCGAGCCACCCAGCAGCACAUCGAGGAGUUCCAGAGGCAGCAGGCUGAGUGGCGGCGCUUGGAGAAAGAAAGGAUGGAGGAGGAGAACAGACGCAUCAAGGAGUUUGCCAGUAAUCAGCAGAAGUCGGCAGAGGACAGGAUGGCCAAGAUCAGAGAGCGGGAAGAAGCAUUACAACAUCUGAGAGACACGCUUGCAGAGCAAAUUAAAGAGGAGAACCAACAGCGAGAAGAGAUGGAGAAGGUCCGCGAGGAGCUUUGUUUAGAAGAACAAGAAGAGAUGUAUAGGAGGCAAGAAAUUGAAGAGAUGGAGAAAAAUAUCAGGCAGAAGUUGAUGAUGCAGAGGACCUGCCAGGAACAAUUGGCUAUGAAGGAGAUGCGUCGACUGGCAGAAAAAGAGGAAGAAGAGGCUUUCCGCAAAACGAUGAUGGAUAAGUUUGCGGAGGACGACCGCAUAGAGCAGAUGAACGCCAAAAAACGACGCAUGAGGCAACUGGAGCACAGGCGUGAGGUGGAGAAACUGAUAGAGAGCAGACGGCAACAGCUGGAGGCCGACAAGGAACUGAAGGCCAAAGAAGCUGCGAUGGAGGAGGAGAGGCAGGCGUUCUGCAGACAGGUCAUAGAAGAUGAGAGGCAACGACUUCUCAAACGUCACGCUACACAACUUCUUGGACAUUUCCCGAAGGGUUUGCUUCGUGAAGAGGACCUGCAGCACUUCGAUGAAGAAUUCAGAAAUAACUUCAAGAUACGUCAGGCCGAUAACUCAGAAAAUGAUUGAUUUUUGAAGCUUUUAUUUUAAGUUUCAGACGUUACAAACUUUUUAUGGCUGAAUGAUGGCAAUCCUUUCAUGACCAACUCAGGGUACACAUGUAUUACCUGAUGCCAUCCUACAGGAAAGCUAGAAUUGUCGUGCAAUUGCAAUCUAUACAGCCACAGCAAUAAAAAUAUUGUUAAAAAUAAUCUAGUGCCAGUCAAAACAACAUUUUUUAAUGAUGAGAUUUAUUGAUCAGGACAUACUGCAAAAAAGAGCUGUCAAAAUACAAGAUUAAAAAGACUAAAUUUUAGGAAAAAAAAUACUAAAACCUUGUGUAAUUAACUAGUCGAAUGGACAGAUAAUUUUACUUGAUAAGACAUUCUUAAUUAAUAUUUUAUAGAAAUUAGCAAUAAUUUUCAAGCAUUAUUCAACUAGCAACUCUUAAUUCCAGUAUACUCGAAGUGUUGCAGAAUCUUUAAAACAUUUUCAAUGUGGGGGACCAAAAUACCUUAUUUCAAUGGUUAUUAUUAUAGUUAUUAUAAUUUUUUUUUCAUUCUGUUUUUAUUAACAUAGACAAAAGAAAUAAGUAAAUAAGCUCUAAAGUUUACAAUCUUGGCAAGUGGCAAAUAAUUUGCACUGUACCAAGACUUAAAUGUAAUGUAUGUAGAAUGUGUUGGGCAGUCUAGAAGGCUGAAGAAGGUGGCGGUUUAAGAGAUACUGCCCACUAAAACAUAGACUAUUGCAGUGUCCCACACUCCUUUAUUAUGAGGCCAGCGUAUUACACCAAAAUGGAAACAGUCCACAAGUAUUUAGGUCUUGCCCCAAUCCAAGGCUUUCAUGAACUCCUCCUCUGUGAAGGACAGCAGCUUGGCAGCUUCCAAAUGCAUCUGCACACGAAUAUACCAUACUCAACUUUUAAGCUUUUUUUUUGCCAGAGUAGAAAAACUCACCUUUUGUCUUUUGAGAACAUCAAUCAGCUUGAAUUGUUUCUUCAAUCCGAUGAUGAGCUCUGUUUUCUGCCUUUUUAGCAGUUUGUUUUCUGCUAGUAGAUUUUCACGGUUCUGAUGCUCCUCGUUUGUCUUGUCCUUGAUUUAUGAGAAAUAAA